GUUUUUGAUUGCCGGCUAAAACUUCUCCGGGAGAGAUCCUUUGAUCUUUUUUCCGAUGGAGGAGCAGAUCGGAGGGAGCGAUGAGAGAUGGAAAGGAUCAUUGGAGAAUAUAACAGAGAUGGCAUCGAAUCUCGAUUCUCUUCAGAAACUUCUCCUCAAGAAAGCAGUCUUCGUCGAAGAAGACACGUUCGCUAGAGCUUCUCUCGUCUCCGAACAAGCCCGAACAAUCAAGGUUCUUGAGCAAAGGGUACAAACACUAGAAAGAGAACUAGAUGCUGCCAUUACAGCUGCUGCUCAUGCUCGGUCUGAGAAACGACAAGCUGAGUCCUCUCAAAAGGCUGCUGAAUCACGUGCCCAAGAGGUCACCAAAGAGCUCGAAAACACCACAAAGGUUUUCAAGCUGCAUAUGGAAGAGCUCCGGGGAAUGCAAGAACAGAUAUCAAAACGCGAUAACGAGAUCAAACUCUUAGAAGCUAUAAUCCAAACGCUCGGCGGCAAAGAGCGGUUGGGAAAAAGCGGCGUGAAUGGAUGAUAAUGAUGCGUUUUUUUCACUUGUAAAGUUUUGUACUUGUGAGUUUGAAGAUAAAUGUAUUAUUGUCCAUUUGGUACGUUCUUGAAUCUUGCCUGUUUUCUCAAGAAAUGAAUGUUACAUGG